UAUUUGCAAGCGCUGGAAGACAAGUUCACUAUCGAGACAUCAAUUCAUAGUCACCAAAAUGGCACAUGACAAGAAAUUUAUUGAAGAAGUUCAGGAAGAAUUUUUAAAAUGAAGGCUGAUUCCUCCAUGAAAGAUGACUUCCAUCUUUUAAGUUGGAGAAAUUUUGGAUCAAAAGAUUGCCUGUUGAUUUGCACUUGCCUCUCUUGCUUUAAGAAUUCUAGUUCCUUUUUCUUCAACUUACUUAUAUUAGGCAGGCUUCUCUGCUCUAGUUUUAAUUAAAACUAAACACCGAAAUCGUCU